CUCGAGAUGAUCGCUUUUAAUUUGGCGAGAGCAAAUCACGUUCACCGCCAGUUCAGUUCAGUGAGAUUUCCCAUCGCGUUCGGAAAUACAGAUUUGGAGACAGGUCGAUUGGGAAAAACGGAGCACUAGCAUAGCGCAGGGCUACUCGGCUGCGGAGGCGGAGUUUGAAGCAGGCCCGGCAGCUCCGGAAGAUGGAGGGCAGCAAACCACUGAUCGAGAGCAAGCACUGCCUCUCGUUAAAAUGUGUUCUAUUUCUAUUUUAUGGAGGUUUGGGAUGCAUCUAUCCCUUCCUCCAGUCCAACAUGGCCCACAAGGGCUUUGACUUCAACGAGAUCUACUCGAUAUCGGCCAUCAUUCCGAUAGCGGCCCUGUUCGGUCCGCUGGUGUUCGCCGUACUGGUGGACAAAUGGGCCACGUCCAGCGCGUUUGCCUACGGCAAGCGGGUUCGCAUCCUGACCGCGGUCAGUUUGAUCGCAUCGAUCAUACUCUAUGUGGUGUUGAUGUUCGGCGUCAGCCGGAAUCCCCCUCCCGGCUUGUGCGAGCCUCAGGUGAGCUUCAUGUGCAACAAGAAGGGAGCCUAUCUGAUGCAGGAGAAAUGCUCGGCUGAAGGAGUGUGCCACGAUUGGGACUAUAAUAAGGCAGGCAUACUAAAUCUCGAGAACUGUGCCUACAAGUGCCAACAGGAUGUCCAGUUCGAAAGCACUUGCUACGACCGUUUGGAGCUAGAGAGUCGUACGGCUGCAAUUCAAGAUCAAGAAUCGGACAACGACGACAUUGGCGACGUCGUGGAAGAAUCGGAAACUAUUCGCACGGAUGAAGGAAGCGGCGAUACUGGUAAACCACACAGCAAUGAUCUUGAUGGCGAUGGUAUUCCGAACGAUCAGGACCCGGAUGACGAUAACGAUGGCAUCCCGGACACACAGGAUAACGACGAUGACAAUGACGGAAUACCGGAUGCGGAAGACAUGGACGACGAUAACGAUGGUAUUCCGGACAGCAAGGAUCCAGACUCGAAGAUAACGGCAAACGAUUUGGAUGGAGACGGAAUUCCUAAUGAUCAAGACGACGACGAUGAUAAUGAUGGCAUUCCGGACAGUGAAGAUAGUGAUGAUGAUAAUGAUGGAAUCAUCGACGCCGAAGAUGAUGACGAUGACAACGAUGGUAUUCCGGAUAGUGAAGACACCGAUGGAAAACGUCGCAGCAAUGAUUUUGAUGGCGACGGAAUUCCAAAUGAUAAAGACGACGACGAUGAUAAUGAUGGCAUUCCGGACUUGCUGGAUGACGAUGAUGACAAUGAUGGUAUCGUGGACGCCGAGGAUGACGACGAUGACAACGACGGUAUUCCGGAUAGUGAGGAUAAGGAUGGAAAAUCCUCAAGCAAUGAUCUUGAUGGCGACGGAAUUCCAAAUGAUAAAGACGACGACGAUGAUAAUGAUGGCAUUCCGGACGUGCUGGAUGACGAUGAUGACAAUGAUGGUAUCGUGGACGCCGAGGAUGACGACGAUGAUAACGACGGUAUUCCGGAUAGUGAGGAUAAGGAUGGAAAAUCCUUGAGCAAUGAUCUCGAUGGCGACGGAAUUCCCAAUGAUCAAGAUGACGACGAUGAUAAUGAUGGCAUUCCGGAUAGUGAAGAUAGUGAUGAUGAUAAUGAUGGAAUCAUCGACGCCGAAGAUGAUGACGAUGACAACGAUGGUAUUCCGGAUAGUGAAGACACCGAUGGAAAACGUCGCAGCAAUGAUUUUGAUGGCGACGGAAUUCCAAAUGAUAAAGACGACGACGAUGAUAAUGAUGGCAUUCCGGACUUGCUGGAUGACGAUGAUGAUAAUGAUGGUAUCGUGGACGCCGAGGAUGACGACGAUGACAACGACGGUAUUCCGGAUAGUGAGGAUAAGGAUGGAAAGUCCUCAAGCAAUGAUCUUGAUGGCGACGGAAUUCCAAAUGAUAAAGACGACGACGAUGAUAAUGAUGGCAUUCCGGACGUGCUGGAUGACGAUGAUGACAAUGAUGGUAUCGUGGACGCCGAGGAUGACGACGAUGACAACGACGGUAUUCCGGAUAGUGAGGAUAAGGAUGGAAAAUCCUUGAGCAAUGAUCUCGAUGGCGACGGAAUUCCCAAUGAUCAAGACGACGACGACGAUAACGACGGAAUUCCGGACUCACAGGAUGAUGAUGAUGAUAAUGAUGGGAUCGUCGAUACCGAGGAUGAUGAUGACGAUAAUGACGGUAUUCCCGAUAGCGAGGACCUUGAUGCAAAAUCUCGUGGAAACGAUUUUGAUGGCGAUGGUAUUCCCAAUGACAAAGAUGAUGACGACGAUAAUGAUGGCAUCCCAGACAGUGAGGAUCCUGAUGACGAUAAUGAUGGAGUUCCCGAUGUGAAAGAUACGGACGAUGACAAUGACGGAAUCCCGGAUUACAAGGAUAAGGAUUCGAAAUACGAUAUCAACGAUUUAGAUGGGGAUGGUAUUCCCAAUGAGUUAGAUGAUGAUGAUGACGGUGAUGGAAUUCCAGAUGCAGAAGAUGACGAUGAUGAUAAUGAUGGCAUCAAGGAUGACGAGGAUAUCGAUGACGACAACGACGGUAUUCCGGAUGAUAAGGAAGGCCAACCAAUUAAUAACGAUCUUGAUGGAGACGGUAUACCCAAUGACGUAGAUGAUGACGAUGACAAUGACGGCAUUCCAGAUACAGACGAUCAGGACGACGACAACGAUGGAAUUCCCGAUGCCGAAGAUGCUGAUGAUGAUAAUGAUGGUAUACCGGAUAUUCUGGACGCAAACUCACGCAAUGCCAACGAUUUGGACGGUGAUGGUAUUCCGAACGAUCUAGAUGACGAUGAUGAUAAUGAUGGCGUCAAAGAUACGGAUGAUAAUGAUGAUGACAACGAUGGCAUUCCGGAUGCAGUGGAUAAUGAUGACGAUAACGAUGGAGUUCCUGAUGAGAACGAAGGUUUGGUUCAAUAUGUCGCUCCACAGAUUUGUCACGAUCCUGCUGUAGAUAACUCAGACGAAGACGACGAAGAUGAUGAGGAGCAAUGCUAUACUUUUGACGGCAAAACGAUCAAGGUUAAGGCUUCAAUUGACGAACAUAACGAGCGGGAUGAUGUUGAGGAAUGCGUCUAUCCAUUGGAUGGAUUCAAAUGUCACAUUGACAAAGCCUGGAUCAAGGACCAAGAGCAAGGAUGUAAACCUGUCAUAGAAUGCUCUCUAAGCAAGGCCUAUGCCCACAAUUCCAGCCUUCUGUAUGGAACAGAAUGUGACGGUGAUGAAGACAACGACGGUGACGAUGACCGAGGCGACUCUACGUACUAUUACUACCUAUCCGUUCGUUCCUUGUUGGACUUUUUCCUGCUAGCAGCGCUCACUUUGUUCAACACAAUUAUCGUCGUCACUACCCGUGAUGCGUCAACGGGUAUCGCAGAUUUCGGUCGCCAGUUGGUUUGGGGUGCAAUUGGUUGGAUCAUAUUCUUCAAUGACGACUAUGAGCAACCGUACUUCUGGUUCAUCAUCUUGAACACUAUUGCUGCUGUUAUUCUUCUUAGUCCACUACAGAUGGAUCUUUCACCUCCCGAAGAAUGGUGGAAGUUCAAGACAGUUCCUCAGAAGUUCUUCUCCGGGCCAGCUUUCAUCAAGUAUGGCAAACAAUCUUGGCUGCCCUUCCUAAUCACUAUUGGUUUGGGUUCACUGUGGAGUAUCAUUGACUCGAUCGACAAAUCUCACAUGGUUGAUAUCCCGAAAGAUGCUGCUACCGAUGGGUCCGCCUUCAGAACCGUUUUCAGAACCCUACUUCUGGCUGGUGAUCUCCUCGCGAUUCCGGUGUUAGUUUUCUCCCAGCGAAUCAUUCAAGUUUUCGGCACAUGUAAGAUCCUUGUGGCAGCUUUCCUUGCUCUGGUUCUUCGCUUCAUCCUACUGGCCAUUUUUGACUGGGAAUACUGGGAUAUCAUCGAAGAUGCCCUACUGCCGGCUACUCUUGGUUUGACAUGGGUGACCUUGGUACUGCAUUUCCGUGAUAUACUUCCCAGAAAGGUUACCGCCAUUGCCCAAUCAUUGCCGGUGAUCGCCCAUUUUGGAUUUGGUCGGUUCUUUGGUGCCCUGAUCGGUAUCGAGAAUGAUUACGAUAACUUGGAGAAUGAUUACGAGGUUUUAGCUGGAGUUCUGUUCGCCAUUACGAUCCUCAGUAUUGUGCUGUAUCGCUAUCGGGAGAUCAUAUUGACACAAAUCGGACAGUAUAUACCGGCAUUGAAACCUUGUGAAAAGGAAAAGGUUUUGAAAGUUGGGAAGGGAGAAACCGAUGUCUGAGGUUACAUGAAACCACUAAUGGAUUGCUAGAAUGUUAUUUGGGAGAUCUUCGCACGUUUUUUUUUUCUAAUGCGGUCCACCGGAGUGGAAAAAAGAGUCGACAUUGAAAAAAGGAGGUCGAGACAGUAGUGUUAAGCAAAGCGGUUGUGUUUGAGAUUUAGAUUUUAUUUAUAACAUUUUGCUAUGAUAAACUCAAGACAAGUUCACUUGUGAAAUAAAGACUUUGUUGAUUGGCGUUGA